UCAACAAGGAUGAAGCUCUCCCCCAGAAAUUUGUUUGACUGUGCCACCAUACAACCAUACAAUUUCUUUCUUCUCUGAAAAGAUGUUUUGAGGGAGUGCAUCUGAUAAUUGAGUAACAUGAUCUAGUCUUCCGAAUCUUCUCUGGUGAAUGGCUAGAGUACUGGAUAUCUUCUUCUGGAAAUAGGAAUUCUUUGAGCACCACCAUCUUACGUGCCUCGUUGAAGAUAAAACCAUAUCAAAACCUGCAAAUUUCCGCUUGAAGUGCAGUGGAGAUAUGGAGGAAGAACAGAUUCUCCCGGAUGGACCGUUUGAAGGUUGGACGCAUAGAGAUGUGUAAGUUUGGCUUUAAUUUGUGCGGAAAUCUUGGGCAUCAUUGCUAACAUUCAUUUGACAUCUUUGUAGUGAAAAGCUCAUGUUUACUUUAGCCAUUGGAGCUACAGCAUUUGUCGCAUGCCUUCUAUAUGGAACAAUUCGAUUCAUUGAAUGGUAUAAUGCGGAGCCUGUCCUACACUAUUCAAUUGCUGAACUUAGGGCACCGGAGGAGAAGAAGAUCUUGGAGAAUCCGAGCAUCAAGGUUGGUGGAUACACAAUAGAGUAGUAAAAAGUCAUGCUGAUACUGUAUAGGCCUCCGGAACUUCAGAUAUUCAAUGUUAUGCUCCGGCGACGGGACAAUUCUUAGGAUAUGUUACUCCUUCCACGACUGAAGAUAUUGAUAGAGUAAUUGAAAAGGCACAUGUCGCACAGAAGAAAUGGGCACGAACUACGUUUACUCAGAGACGACAAGUUCUACGUUCUAUGAUGGCAUACAUAAUGGAUCACCAGGAAGAGAUUUGCAAGGUUGCAUGUCUGGACUCGGGCAAAACUAUGAUUGAUGCUGCAUUGGGAGAAAUCUUAGUGACUGUCGAAAAGCUAAGUUGGACUUUGAAGCAUGGUGAGAAGGCUUUGAGUCCUUCUAGAAGGCCUACGAACUUGCUCAUGAUGUACAAAAAGAAUACUGUACAAUACCAACCGCUAGGAGUUAUUGCUGCUUUGGUGUCAUGGAAUUACCCCCUCCAUAAUUUGCUUGGUCCAAUAAUCUCGGCAAUUUUCUCUGGAAAUGGGAUAGUGGUUAAGGUAUCGGAAAAUACUGCCUGGAGUGCCCAGCAUUUCUCUCUUAUUGCUAGAGGAGCAUUAUAUGCAUGCGGCCAUGAUUCCAAUCUGAUUCAAGUUGUUACAUGUUGGCCAGAUACUGCAAAUCAUCUCACAUCUCAUCCUAGAAUCUCCCACAUCACUUUCAUUGGUAGUCGACCCGUCGCCAAAUUGGUAGCAGCAGCAGCAUCCGGACCUUUAAUUCCCGUUGUCGCCGAGCUUGGAGGAAAGGAUGCAGCAAUUGUCAUGAAUUCCGCAGUCAAAGGCCUCCCACGUAUUACCGAGAUUCUUCUUCGUGGCACGUUCCAAGCAGCUGGGCAAAACUGUAUUGGCAUCGAACGAAUUAUUGGCCUUCCGGACGUUUAUGACAAACUCGUUGCCGCACUUGAGCCACGAAUCCGAGCUCUUCGAGUCGGCUCUGCUCUUGAUUCUACAGCUGACUCGCCAGUUGAUGUCGGUGCCGUUAUUUCUGAUGCUUCAUUUGACCGACUUGAGAAAUUGAUUGCAGCAGCUGUCAACGAUGGAGCUCGUCUUCUCGUUGGUGGGAAAAGAUUCAACCAUCCCGUCCAUCGCUCCGGUCAUUACUUUACCCCAACUCUCAUCGUCGACGUCACAUCCGAAAUGGCCAUUGCCAAUGAAGAAUGUUUCGGACCAAUUUGCGUUGUCAUGAGAGCCAAGAACCCCGAAGAUGCCUGCAAUAUAGCAAACCACCCCAACUUCGGUCUCGGCGCUUCAGUCUUCGGAACUAAAGAUUGGGAGCUCAAUGCUAUUGUCAAAAAUAUUAAAUCGGGUAUGGUAGCUAUCAAUGACUUUGCUGCAUACUAUGCAGUUCAAUUACCAUUUGGUGGUGUGGCUGGUAGUGGAUAUGGAAGAUUUGCUGGUGAGGAGGGAUUAAGGGGCCUUUGUAAUAUCAAAGCUGUUUGUGAGGACCGUUGGCCCUGGUCUCCGGCUUGUACUUCUAUUCCUCCACCACUUAGAUAUCCGAUUCCGGACACAACAAAAGGCUUUGCGUUUACGACGGCGGUGGUAGAUAUUGGGUAUGGACCUGGGAUAAAAGGUAAAUGGAGGGGAGUUAAAGCAAUGUUGGGAAUGAGUUAACUUGGGUGGAGCAGUUAUAAAUACGAUGGAUGGCAUUGAUGGCGACAGGUAUUGGAGGAUAUUCUUAUUUAUGGUGACGAUUUUGAGGUCAAUAUUUUAUUUGCAAGAUACCUUUUGGGGGGAGUAGUCGAGUUAAAUGGGCUUGUGUAUAGCCUUGAGCGGCCACGAAACGAGCAAAGUACUGUAU